UUCACCUUUCUUCGAUCAUCUUCGUCGACGGACACCAUUGAUAAUCUCCAAAAUUGUUCCCGUCGUAGAAACUGUGUUGCGCAGAGCUGACCUUUGUGAAGUUUAAACGCUAAUUUGAGAAGGGCUUUUGAAUUUCUCAUAACCUAACUUUGCAGCACAACAAUGGGUAAAAAAGGAGUGACUCAGAAGAGAAGUAGUAGCAAAAGCUCGAAAAGCCGCAAAGAUAUCGUCGAAGACCAAUUCGAUGACGAGAUUGACGCCUUUCAUAAACAGAGGGAUAUUGUUCCCUUGGAUAUUAAUGAUGAUGAUACUGAUGAUUCGGAUGAAGAUGAUGUGCAGCCUGUUUUUGAUUUAAAGGGUGUGGAUGAUGAAAGUGAAGAGGAUGAAGAUACAGAAGACGAAGAUGAGUCUGCUAAUGGACUUACCGCUAAAAUGAUUAGGCAGAAGAAAUAUCUAAGGCAAAAGUUUGGUGAUGGUGAUGAUGAAAUGGCUGAUGAUGAUGAUAAGGAGAAAGAUGAGGAAGAAAAAAAGAUCACAUGGGGUGGAAGGAGAGGCAUAUACCAUAGUGUUGAUAAUGUUGAUUUUGAGCUCCAAUCAAGUGAUGAUGAAGACCUUAAAGCGGAAGAAGAGGAGGUGAUAAGACUACGGAGAGAACAACUUGAAUCCAUUACAGCUGCUGAUGCUGGGUUAGACGAUGAUAGUGAAGAUGACAGCGACAGAGAAUUAACCAUGGAGGAAAUUCCUGUCAAAGGCAAGAAGGCUACAAAAUCCACCACAGAUAAGAAAGAGAAGGGUGAUACGGACAUACAUGUUGAAGAGAUCAAGAAAGACAUAAACUCUUUGUCAAAAAAAGAGCAAAUGGAAGUAGUACUUAGUUCUGCUCCGGAAAUAGUUGGGCUUUUGUCCGAGUUGAACGAUGCAGUUGAAGAGCUUGAGAGUAAGAUAAAUCCUGUUAUGAGUAAGUUAAAGGAAGGAGAAAUAUCGUUGAGUGGUGGGACAAGGUACCUGGAGGUUAAGCAGAUUCUGCUACUGGCCUAUUGCCAAUCUAUAACAUUUUAUCUUCUUCUCAAAGCUGAAGGGCAGCCCAUCCGUGAUCAUCCAGUCCUGACCCGUAUUGUAGACAUCAAAGUUUUAUUAGAUAAGAUGAAGAAACUUGAUGGAGAGCUUCCCCCUGGAUUUGAGGAGUCCCUAGCAAGAACUAUUGCUACUGGAACAGUGCAAAAGGUGGUCAAAGAAGACCAGCUCGCUUCACCCGUCUCUGAUUCAGUAGUUAAAAUCACACAGGACAUAGCCGAGCCGAUGAAAAUUGACAACGCGAGAGAAGAAAAGAAGAAAAAAGGAGAGAAACGCAAGCACCAGCAGAAUGAUCAGGUUGAUAUGCAAAGUGAGCAAAUGUUAAAACUUCGAGCUGCUCUAGAGGGAAAACUUAGAAGCAAUGGAGUCCUUGGUUCUACUGUCUCAAAGUCUGAUAAAGCUCAAAAACGCCAGAAAUUAGCUAAUAAUAGGAAGCUGGAGACUUUCGAUGAUUAUGUGGAUGAUGGAGACAAUAAUAGCACACAUGAUGUGAAAGCUAAUAAAGUCUCCAAGCUUGUGUCCACCAAACGGAAGCCCAAGACUGUUUCUGGAGAUGAUGAUUUGCCGCAAAGGGAUGAUAUUGGAGAACGGCGUAGGAAGUUUGAGCUCAGAGUUUUGGCUGGAGCUGGUGUGAAGUCAGAGGAAGAUGGCAGGAAUGGAAGUGGGGAAUUUGCAUCAGAUGAAGACAAUGAUCGCGAUGGUUUUAAUAAUGACAUGGUUGAUAAUGAUAGCGAAUCAGAAGAUGAAUUUUACAAACAAGUGAAACAGAAGCAAGAAGCUAAACGAGCUGCCAAAGCAGAGAUCUAUUCAAGGAAACCACAUUUGAUUCCGUCAGCACCAGAAGACGUGGAUGGAAAACGACUGAUUACACCUCAGAUACAAGGCAACAGAGGAUUGACCCGGCAACGCAACAAGGAUCGUAAAAACCCGAGAAAGAACUACCGGGAUAAGCACGCGAAAAAAGUCAUGAGAAAUAAAGGACGGAUCAGAGAUAUCAGGAAACAAACGGGUCCAUAUGCAGGUGAAACUCGAGGUAUCAAUCCCAACACAAGCCGGAGCAUCCGAAUCAAGAACUAACCUCCUCUUCUAUAUCCCCCAAUUAUCUCUAUUUCCAUGCUUCUUUUUGCUGUUGUAUUAUCUCUUCUUCUUUUUUUGGAUCUUCUACUUUUCAUUUUCUCUUCUUGAAGACCAUAAGCAAAUCAUUGCUCUGCAAUUUUUGAUGUUUUUGUUUAAACAUGUUGUCUUACAUUUGUAUUUUUAAGGAAGGAAAAAACUUGUUUUUUCUAA